UGUGAAUUUGGGAAAUCGAAAUACACGUAAUCCAAUGGUCGGUGGACGCUUCCCCAGAGAGAAGGUGAAUAGUACUGGUCGGCAAUACAAGUGAGAGAAUCAAGAGGUGGAUAAUUUUAUUUUAUGGUACAGCAUUAGAUUCCCUGCUUCGUUGCUUCCCCAUGAGGCCACGGCAUGGUUUGAAUCGAGCCUUUUACAGAUCCGCCUAUAAGUAGAGGACACUCGUGGCUUCCGACCCUCAUCACAUUCAAUUCCAUAAAAAACCAAAGCACUUGCACGACACCCACUCGACGAAAGGGAAGAGGAAAUGGCAGGAAUCAUUCACAAGAUCGAGGAGGCCCUACACAUGGGAGGCCACAAGGAGGAGGAACACCAGCCGGAGGGCCAUGGCCAUGACCACCACAAGCCCAAGGAGCACAAGCCGGAGGGCCAGGACCGCAGGCCGGAGCACCACGGAGAGGAGAAGAAGAAAGAGGGGUCGGUGGAGAAGAUCAAGGACAAGAUCCACAGCGGCGAUCACGGGGACAAGGUGGAGAAGAAAAAGAAGAAGGAUAAGAAGAGGCACGAGCACGGCCAUGAGCACGAGCAUGGUCACAAUAGCAGCAGCAGUAGUGGCAGCGACAGUGACUGAGUUACUAGAUGAUCAGCAGCGUCGUGGUGAAGAGCACGACAACGUUAUUGGGCUCGUCUCCUUCAGUUAGCCCCAGAGCUGGUGAAGAUAAGGAGAGG